GGGCGGUGGGAAUGGAGCGAGCAGAUUGAGGCCGCCGCCGCAGCGCCGCCGGCAUGAACUUGGCCGCGAGCUGAAGCAGCCGGCGGCGGGCGGGCGCGGGGGCACCGGCCGCUAGCCAGGGGGUGAUCUGCAACCGGGCCGGGCCACUCGGCGGGUGCCCGAGGCCAGGCUGCCUGCGCCGGCGGCCGCCCGCCCCUCGGGCAUUGCCCCCGCCGCCGCCGAGGGAGCUCCGCAGCACGCCCUGUGUCUAGGUCGUUUGGGAAGCGCCUUGGAGAGUCAAGAAUAAAAUUGCAGGUCAAACAAUGGAUGACUGGAAAAGUCGGCUUGUAAUCAAGAGCAUGGUUCCCCAUUUCGCCAUGGUGGGAAAUCGUCAGGAGCCCAGAAAGCUCCAGGAAUCGGGAACCAUUAAGAGGAGACAGGAAGGAGAUAAUUUCCAGUUUCCAGGCAUGGCUGACGGGGGUUACCCUAAUAAAAUCAAGAGGCCUUGCCUGGAAGACGUUACCCUCUCUAUGGGCCCGAGUGCCCACCCCAGCACGUCCUGUGCGGAGCUGCAGGUUCCUCCGCUAACCAUGAACCCCAGUCCCUCGGCUGUGGGCGUAACGGGCCAUUCGUUACCACUCGAAGCGAAUCCCAUGAAUGGCAGUGUCAUGGGCUCACCAUUCGUGGUGCCGCCGGCUGCAGAAGUGGGCCUGAAAGGGCCCCCUGGCCCCUACUAUGACAAAGCCAACAGCGUGCCAGCCGUGGACCAGGAGCUUCAAGACCUCCUGGAGGAGCUAACAAAAAUUCAAGAACCUUCUCCAAAUGACCUAGAUCUCGAGAAGAUCCUGGGGAGCAAGCCGGAAGAACCACUGGUCUUAGAACACCCGCAGGCGACCCUGGGUACAACUCCCAAGCCUCCGGUUCAGAUGCCACACCUGGAGAGCCUUGGUUCCGGCAAGGAGUUUGCUUCUAGCUGCAGCCAGCUCCCCGGCGCGUCGCUUCAAGUCCCGCCCUCCCCGGCGGGGAUCAGCUACGUGAUCCCCUCCACCAGUAAGCAGGUGGCCUCCCCCAGCUCUACGGCGGCACAGGCCAAGAGCCAGGUCCAGGGGGUGCUCCCUGUCACUUUGCCCCCGCUCCCGGUGCCUCAGUGGCAUCACGCCCACCAGCUGAAGGCGCUGGCGGCCAGCAAGCAGGGGUCCGCUCUGAGGCAGCCGGGGCCCAGCCCCAGCUGGUCGGGCCUGCCGCCUCCGGGCCUCUCCUCGUCUUACCGCCCGGUGCCAUCGCCGCACCCGCCGCCGCCGCCGCCGCCGCCGCCGCCGCCACCACCGCCGCCGCCGCCGCCGCCGCCGCAGUUCAGCCCGCAGAGCCUCAUGGUGUCCUGCAUGGCGUCCAGCAACCUGCCGGGGAGCGCGUUCCAAGCCUCCCCCAACGCCUUACUCGCCAGCAUGGCGUCGGGCGGCAGCGCCGCCCUUGGGCCCGCCAUGCUCUACCCUCCCGACAAGCUCCCCGGCCCCGCUCUCAGUCAGCAGCCGCAGUUCAGCCCGCAGAGCUCCCUUCUGGCCAACCUGGUGUCCUCUAGUGUCAAAAGUCCGCCGGGACACCUGCUGUCCGCCCUGCCCACCAGCACCCCGGGGCCUUCCCCGCCCUACCGGCCGGAGAAGCUCUCCAGCCCGGGCCUGCCGCAGCAGUCCUUCACCCCGCAGUGCUCCCUGAUCCGGAGCCUCACCCCCUCCGGCAACCCGCUAACGCAGCCGCCGCCGCCGCCGGCCCCCCAGCAGUCAACCAGCGGCAUCUUCAAGCCCAUGACCGCCAGCUCACCCAAAACCCUGAGCAUGAUCAUGCAGCAGGGGCUGGCCAACCCCAGCCCGGGAGUCCCGGAGCCAUUUACUUUUGGCAACACCAAGCCCCUGUCGCAUUUCGUUUCCGAGCCGGGCCCCCAGAAGAUGCCCUCCAUGCCCGCCGCCUCUAGGCAGCCGUCCCUGCUCCACUACCUGCAGCAGCCGCCGCCGGCCUCCUCCGCCACCGCCUCGUCCACCGCCACCGCCACCUUGCAGCUGCAGCAGCCGCAGCCUGACCACUCCUCGUUCCUCCUGCAGCAGGUGAUGCAGCAGCCCCAGCGCUUUCAGCGGUCGGCGGCCCCGGACUCCAUGGCUUCUCUGCCCAGACAGACUCAUGUAGACAAAGCCUGCAAGCUUGGGGAAGCCAGGCCCCCCCAGGUCAGCCUCGGGCGACAGCCCCCAUCCUGCCAGGCCCCGGGGAGCGAGUCCUUCCUGCCCGGCAGCUCGUUUGCUCAUGAGCUGGCCCGAGUCACCUCCUCGUACAGUACCUCAGAGGCAGCGCCCUGGGGCGGCUGGGAUCCGAAGGCCUGGAGGCAGGUGCCCGCUCCGCCACUGCCUAGCUGCGACGCUGUAGCAAGAGAAGCAGAGAUCAGGUCUUACGGCAAUGACCCCUGAACAGCGGAGUGCAUAUAUUGCCCAACAGAUGAGUCAAUUUCAAGCCGUCCAAGAACAAGUCACCUCCAAGUGUAGCCAGACCAAGGCAAGCCCCCCAUCCAGUCAGCCCAUGAUGCCACCCAGAGCUGGGCUCCUUCAGAACAAUCCGAAUCCAGCAAUGAUCCCACCCACCAGGCACCAGAGCUGCGAGGGCAUGGGCAUGGCCUCGCCGACUCUGGGCAAGCAACAAGGAAUUUUCCACCGUAACCCCCCGUUCCCCAUACCCUCGCGCCCGGGCCAGAACCCCCCGGGCAGCCGUCGUCCACAGAUUCCCAAGGCG